CAGCAACAAGCUCGGUGGCCCUGGCGGCUUCGGCUCAUGGGCAGCGCUUGCAGCGUCCGCAAGCGCGGGAAGCGGGCCUCCAGGACGGCUGACAGCGCGGACUCGGAAGGCGUGCGCUGGCCGUACCUGAGCGAGCGGCUGGAGCAGCACCUGGGCGGAAUCAAUUGCCUGUCGCUGAGCGAGGACCACUCGUUGCUCGUGUCCGGUAGCGAGGAUGGCCGCGUGCUCAUGUGGAGCAGCCAGUCGACGCCCGUCGAACUGCUCGGCACGCUGAGCGGCCACGAGGGCUACGUGACGCACUGCACGGUGCACGGCAACUUUGUGCUCACCGGUUCCGCCGACGGCACGCUGCGGAAGUGGUCCAUCGUGGAUGCCAAGUGCGUGCACGUCUUCGUUGGCCACGGAGCCCGCGUCAACCGGGUGCUGUGCACGGGCGACCUGGUGCUCAGCACGUCACACGACAAGACAGCACGCGCGUGGCGCUUCAACGCCGACCUGGACGAACAGACGAGUGGAAGCGAGAACGUACGCAAGGUCUGGUCCAAGUUUGCCGUGGAAACAAAGAUGAGACCGGAGGAUCUACUUGCUCUCGUGAUGCAAGUGUCCAAAUACGCAUCGGGAGAAGCAGCUCCACGCAUUGUUUUUGAGGGUGUCGACGUGGUAGCCCGCUCUAAGGGAGCAUGCCCCAAGUACUCAGUCAAACUCGUUGCUGACUACUUGAGUGUUAACUGUCUUUGUGUUGGGGUGCCGGCUGAUAAGGAAGGUGGCUUCUGUAUGUUUUCAACAGGUGUCUUUGGUGCCAAAGCCAGUGAGGCAGUUGCCACAGCAUUCAAGCGCCACGACGGAGUGUCACUGAGAAAAGUAAAAAUCUCAGCUAUUAAGCUUUGCAAGAAAUACACUCUUGAGAAACAUGCUGUUGUGGCAGUUAAUGAGUUCAAAGCCGGAGGAAUUGAGGAAGUCUGUAGAUUUUCAUUUUUUUCUCUACAGGAAAUGGAAGAGCAGCGGCUGCUGCGUCAAGUGGCAAGUAGUGGCCGUAGCAGUCGACACAGUAGCGCCACCAAGAAGCGGUCAGACAGCCAGGCGAGCACCGUAAAGAAGGACCUCGAAGGGGACGACACCUCCACCUCCUCGGGAUUCUCGGAGGGGGCUGACUCCAGGUCGCGAACUCACAGAGUCGACGACCGCAUCACCGUCUUUCGAGGCCACACGAAGAGUGUCUUCCCGGUGAUAUUCGUGCCGACGGACGGACUCUCAGAUGCUGACGCCGAGGACAUCGUUGUCACAGGCUCCCACGACUGCACGGCUCGAACCUGGGGCCUUUUCUCCGGUGAUUGCUUAAAGAUUCUACGGGGCCACACAGCGCCAAUCAACGCCAUGGAGGUGGACGCUGAAGGAGUCUACAUGUUCACGGGCGGCGCCGAUGGCGUAAUACGAAGCUGGCACGUUCGCAGCGGUGAAUGCCAGCACGUACUCACUGGACACCAGGGACCCAUCGUUUGCCUGCUAGCGCACAGCAAGAUGCUCUACUCGGGCAGCUCGGACAACACCGCCCGAGCAUGGGUCAUGGAGUUCGGCGAAUGCACUCGCGUCUACCGGGGCCACCAGCACACGGUCGACUGCCUCUGCUACCACGACCGGAUGCUGUACACGGGAUCUGGAGACAAGGUUGCCCGCAUGUUCGAAGCCAAAUCGGGCACACUGAAGCGGUCUUUUCGAGGACACGAGCAUGGUGUUGUCUGUAUUGAGGUGGUGAAGGGCAAACUGUUCACCGGUUCGUACGACGGCAGUCUUUUCGUGUGGGACACAACGGGCGUGGUGGACGAGACGGUGUUCGGUGACGAGGUUAUCCAGGAAGAGGACGACAACGAAUUGCCUGACGACAGCGAGGAGGUGAAGAUGGCCGUCAACUUUCUGGAGCCUUUCAUCCACGAAGGCUGACGGCGUCCACCCACAUCGAAACCGAAGUCAGCAGUUCAGAAGUCCAGCUCGACGCUACUUCAGCCGGUAGAGAAAAUUUUCAGGGAUUCCGAGAUUUGUGAGCAACGUGCACAAACGGCCAAAUAAUCUUGCUGCCGGUGCCACGAGCACUCGAGGAGGAGCCGAGGCUUGUGACAGCUGAACAAAUGUGAUCUCUUUUAAGUAUGGCUUUUUUCUACCAUUUUUUUCUACCUAAUUCUAGUCAAUAAACGCAUACUAA